GAGGAGCGGAGCGGAGCGGAGCGGCCGGCAGGGACCGCUCCGGGAGCUCGGCUCGGAUGAGCCCAGCCCAGCCCAGCUCAGCCCAGCCCAGCCCAGCUCGCUCCGGGGCUCAGCCACCCCCGCCCGGACCCAGGUGUGAGCUUCAUAUUUUUCCCCUGAAACUAGCUUACAGCUGAAGAGCUCAAGAUGAUUCCUAAUUACUCUACUGAAGAGUCUGUUAAAAGAAUCCACGUGGACUGUCCUGUGUCAGGAAGGCACAGCUACAUCUACAUUAUGGUUCCAACCGUUUACAGCAUCAUCUUCAUCAUAGGCAUAUUUGGGAACAGCCUGGUCGUUAUUGUCAUUUACUGCUACAUGAAACUGAAAACAGUAGCCAGCAUCUUUCUUCUCAACCUGGCCCUGGCUGACCUGUGUUUCUUGAUAACUCUGCCCCUCUGGGCGGCCUACACGGCCAUGGAGUACCAGUGGCCUUUUGGCAACUGCUUGUGCAAGCUGGCCUCGGCGGGGAUCAGCUUCAACCUGUACGCCAGCGUGUUCCUGCUGACCAGCCUGAGCAUCGACCGCUACCUGGCCAUCGUGCACCCGGUGCAGUCGCGCAUCCGCCGCACCAUGUUCGUGGCCAGGGCCACCUGCGUGGCCAUCUGGCUGCUGGCCGGCGUGGCCAGCUUGCCCGUCAUCAUCCACCGCAACAUAUUCUUCGCCGAGAAUUUGAACAUGACCGUCUGCGGGUUCCGCUACGAGAGCAACAACACCACGCUCCGCGUCGGGUUAGGUUUAUCCAAAAACUUGCUGGGCUUUUUAAUUCCUUUUCUGAUCAUAUUGACGAGCUACACCCUGAUUUGGAAGACUCUGAAGAAGGCAUAUCAAAUUCAAAAAAAUAAGACUAGAAAUGAUGAUAUUUUUAAGAUGAUUGUGGCAAUCGUAUUUUUCUUUUUCUUUUCCUGGAUUCCUCAUCAAGUGUUCACUUUUCUGGAUGUGUUGAUUCAAUUACAUGUCAUAACAGAUUGCAAAAUCACCGAUAUUGUGGAUACAGCUAUGCCCUUCACCAUUUGUAUUGCUUACUUUAACAACUGCCUGAAUCCUUUUUUUUAUGUUUUUUUUGGAAAAAACUUUAAAAAGUACUUCCUUCAGCUGAUAAAAUACAUCCCGCCGAACGUCAGCACACAUCCAAGCCUAACAACCAAAAUGAGCUCCCUCUCCUAUCGGCCACCAGAAAAUAUCCGCUUGCACACUAAAAGGACUGCUGGGCCUUUCGACACCAAUUGAGGCAUUCAGCAAAGUUCUUCUGAACAUCCUUGUGUGCGAAGCAGCAAGAACAAGAUUCACCUGCGGUCCUGAACAUCACAGCUCGUUGCAGCAACACUGGAUCACCUCAGAGAAAUCAUACUGUAAAGAGCCAGCAGUGGCCUUUCAUCCUACAUUGUAAAGGGGACUGCUUCGUUCUCAUUUUGUUUUUCUUUACUGAAAGCAGUGUAAGUGUUGGACAGGUGUGUCAGAGUUCCUGCCAGCAUCCCGCCGUUUGCUUGGAGCUACUAAAGAAGGGGAGGGAAAACUCCUAACUCAAGUUCACAGGUGUUUCAAAAGGAAAAGCUUGUAUAAAUAACAUGAAAUACAAAGAACCUGAGUUGCAUAUAUGUGAGCUAUUCUGUUGAAGGAGUGGAGCUUUGUUUCUUGUUUUGUUGGGUUUUUUAAAUUACAUAAAUGUCCUAUAAUCAUAUUUAUAAUAUAUUUUCAAAUAUAUGCUAUAUAUAGAGGCCCAGUUUAAACUCAAAUGGAAAUUUAAGGCCCUUGAAAUUUGUCUUAUUCUGAUUUAUGCUACUUUUUUUUUUAAUGGCAAUUUUUUCAUAAUAAUAUAUGCAAUAAAAUGCAGACUUAUUUAUUAAAUAUAGAAUAAAUAUAUUUUUAGACUUAUAUUCCUACUCAUACAUUUCAAACAUUGCUUCAGAAAUGUACAUUUAUAUCCCAGUGGGUAUUUUUAUAGUAGUUUAAAAAAAAACCAAACUAUAUAUGUGCACACAGAAAUGGCAUUUACUCAGCCUUCCACUCUGACUUUGCAGAACUUUACAUACAGGAGGAGUUAACUCCAUACUCUGUAUGACUAAAAGUAAAAUUCUGUAUUUGAAAACAUGAGUUCUGGAAAAGAGGUGAUCAGAAAGCUUAAAACUAUUUUUCUGUUAUAACCAGGGCACUCAGUGAAAGAAGUUACCAACUAAUCAAAUCCACUUCAUUGUUUAAAUUCCUGCACAUUCAGUAAACUCAUAUGCUGAUAAGCAAAAAUAUGACAAUGCUUAUGUACCAAUUUAACUAAUAAUACUUUUAGUCCCAUCACAAAACAUCCAAGAUCAAGCUUUACUCUUGGCUCUUACAGAAUUUCUCUCCAUUUAUAUAAAAUUAUGCCAAAUGUAUUUGCUCCCUGUAGAACAUUUUUUUAUUUAUAUGGAACAAAUUCAGGUUUAUACUAGCA